GUACUCCGCUUGCUUCGCCUCAUUGCGGUCAUUGUUAUAUAACAAGGGACACCUGGGACUUGCCUUUUCUUCGCUUGCCACAGACAAGCAUUUCAUUUUGUUUCACCACAGCCUGUACUUCACUGUCUUACGAUACGACACGAACGACGACAGACCACAGCGUCGACUUACCGUCUUCUAAUAUAAUCAAAGCGACACACACCCAACAGCCAAGAUGAGGUUACUGCAAUCCAUCUUUUACCUGAUCACCCUCUUCACACUCGGCCAAGCACUGGCUCUACCGGGGUCGAUCAAUGACAUCACCGAAGCAUCCAAGCAACUCUUCAAGCGCAAGGGCGGCGGUGGAGGCGGCGGACGUGGUGGCGGCAGCAGUGGAGGAAGUUCUCGUGGCGGCAGCAGCAGCAGCUCCUCGUCCUCGUCUUCCAGUGGUUCCUCAUCUAGCGGCGGCCGCACAUCAAGUGGCUCCAGCACCGGCGGCUCAACACGCGCAGGCUCUGGUCCUGCUCGAGGAUACGGCAAUGGACGCUACUACGGUGGCGGCGCUGCAGCUCCUUACAGUGCUGGCGCAACACGCGGAGGUCUAAGAACGCCUGUCCUCCUCGGCGCCGGUGCUCUCCUCGUCUUCCCAGCCAUCGCAGCCUACGGCGCGUACGGCGCAUACUCCUACGGUUACCCAUACUACUGGAACUACCGCAACCAGACCUCCGGACAGAACGAAUCCCACCCGGCGCAGUGCUGGUGCGCGAGGUACUACUCUUGUUCAUGCGAUGAGAACAACGAGACGGAAUAUCAAAACAACGUCGCGAACAACGCAUCACAGGCAAAGUUGGUCAGACUAGAGGGCGAUGACAACGACACAUUGGUGAUCGACGGCACUCUGCCAAACGGUACCACCGCUCCAGGUGGAUCGGACAGUGGCGCGAUGGGCAGUGCGCUUGAGAUGGUCGGAUACUGGCCUAUGGUCGCUAUUGCACUGGCCACGGCUUAUGUGCUUUGAGGGGAUCGCAGAUCCAGAUUACGACCCGAUACGACUUUGUACAUUUCACGAUUGGAGAUGGACGAACACUUUUUGAUACCCUUGGUGAGCGCGUACGCAGAACCGCGAAUUGUACGAUAGCAGAAUAGAUACUUAUGUACAGCAUUUUUGGUCAGUGUUUAUUUUCGUGUCACUAUGAUGAAGUACGAAUUUUCGGUGAGGAACGAUCGAUCACUACGAGGGAAAGCAGCAUGUUAUCAUCCUUGACACCGUAAUGCAACUCAGUAUGAAGGCAAGAUGUGGAGCGACCUUCUCUUUGUCUCCCGAGCCAUCUACAGAGAUGAACGUUGUCCUCGACAAAUGCGGCACACGAAAUGGAGCUCGAACAAUGAACAACACUUCUUGAGGCCCCAGAAAAGGUCGUUCCAUAUACCUCACAGGGAGCAGGAACAUGUAUGUCCAACCAUAGCAUAAGCCAAACUCCAAGCUCAACAUGUCAUUCGGCGACACAGAC